GUUGAGCCUCGAGCUUCUGUAGAGGAUCGCGAGAGAUGUUCAAGCCGGCGCGAUGGAGGAGCGAGAAGAACAAGGUCAAGGCCGUCUUCAAAUUGCAGUUCCAUGCAACUCAGGUAUCUCGAUUGGGCGUGGAUUCCCUGAUAGUGUCUGUGAUUCCCGUGGACGUUGGAAAACCGAGUGUGAGAUUAGAUAAAGCUACUGUUAAAGACGGGAAUUGCCGAUGGGAAAAUCCGGUGUACGAAACGGUCAAAUUCUUUCGCGAGCCCAGAACUGGGAAGAUCAGUGAGAAAAUCUACCGGUUUAGUGUCUCAAAUGGAUCGGCGAAAGCUGGUGUUAUCGGAGACGUUUCUAUUGAUUUUGCUGCUUAUGCUGAGGCCAAUAAGGCUUCCACUAUCUCUCUUCCCCUCAAGAACUCGAAUUCUGAUGCAAUAUUGCAUGUUGUAAUUCAGAGGCUCCAAGCAAACUUUGAUCAGAGAGAGGUGGAAGAAUGUGAUGCCACAAAGCCCAAGUCUCAAGAUAGGAGCUUGAAGACCCACUUGAGCAACGGUGACUCUGAUGAAAGUGUUGUGAUUGACGAGCCAAUUAAUAAAACCACCCAUAAUGGUGAAUUGAAUGGUAACCGUAGAGCAUCUAGCGGAUCUGACAUUACGUUGUCAAGUUCUGACAGCAGCUAUGGGGUUGAUACACCUCGAGAACUUGGACUGCAAAAUGUUGAUGUCCAUCAGGGGCCUCCCACCUACUUAUCAUCUCUGAGCCACUCCUCUGUGCCUCACAAAAAAGCAGCAUAUGACUCGAUACUCCAUGAACAACAUCAGAAAUCACAAUGGGAGUGGUCUGGAGGUUCUGAUCAUGGGGUGAAUACAGAUGAUUCAACACACAGUUCUCACGACACUCUUGCAAGAGAAAAUUCUCAACAGGCUUCUGAUGUUGAGAUCGAAAGGCUUAAGGCUGAGCUCAUUGUUUUAGCUAGACAGGCUGACGUAUCCGAGUUGGAAUUACAAACUCUGCGAAGGCAGAUCAUAAAAGAGAGCAAAAGGGGACAUGAUCUAUCCCGAGAAGUUGUUUCUUUGAAAGAGGAAAGAGAUGCAUUCAAAAAAGAAUGUGAGAGGCUCAAGUCCUUUCAAAAACGUAACGAUGAUGCAAAAUCUAAUAGCAGAUUGCAAAUGGAAGGUGGGGAUCUUAGAGCUCUUGUUGAAGAAAUCAGACAAGAGCUGAAUUAUGAGAAGGAUCUGAAUUGCAAUCUUCGGUUACAGCUCCAGAAAACGCAAGAGUCGAAUUUAAUGCUUGCAGUCCAAGACCUAGAGGAACUGUUGGAGCAGAAGAACAAGGAAACAUCCACUCAGCCCAACCAAUACGGUUCCAGUGAGGAUGUAACCGAGUUGAGGACAGAUUUAGGGAAAUGCGACUCAGAUGAGGAUGAAGAGCAAAAGGCACUGGAGAAGCUUGUUAAGGAGCAUAGCGAUGCCAAUCAAACAUCCUUGCUGGAGCAGAAGAUCAUUGACCUCUACAGCGAGAUAGAAAUAUACAGAAGAGACAAAGAUGAACUCGAGAUGCAUAUGGAGCAGCUUGCACUUGACUACGAGAUAUUGAAACAGGAAAACCAUGACAUCUCAUAUAAACUAGAGCAAAGCCAGUUGCAGGAACAACUAAAGAUACAGUAUGAAUGUUCUUCUCCCAUAAAUGAACUUGGAUCUCAAAUUGAGAGCUUGGAGAAAGAGCUGAAGAUGCAGUCAAAAGAACUCUCAGAGUCUUUGGAAACAAUAAAAGAACUUGAGUCUCAAAUCAAAACCAUGGAGGAAGAACUGGAGGUGCAGUCACGAGAAUCCUCUGAUUCUUUGGUGACAAUAAAGGAGCUUGAGUCCCAUAUAAAUAGCUUAAAGGAAGAACUGAAGAUGCGGUCCAAAGGAUCAGAGGAGUUUUCUGUAACAAUAGAGGAGCUUGAGUCCCAUAUCAAGAGAUUGGAGGAAGAACUAAAGAUGCGGUCCAAUGAAGCAAAAGAUUCUAUGGUAACAUUACAGUAUCUUGAGUCCCAUAUCAAGGGCUUGGAGGAAGAACUAAAGAAGCGGUCCAAAGAAUCAGAGGAUUCUUUGGUAACAAUAGAGGAGCUUCACUCCCAUGUCAAAAGCUUGGAAGAAGAACUGAAGAUGCGGUCCAAACAAUCCUCCGAUUCUUUGGGAACAAUAGAGGAGCUCGACUCCCAUAUCAAAAUCUUGGAGCAAGAACUAGAGGAGCAGGCUCAGGGAUUCGAAGCUGAUCUAGAAGCUUUAAUGGUUGCCAAAGUUGAGCAGGAGCAAAGAGCAAUCCGUGCAGAGGAGGUGUUGAGAAAGAUGAGAUGGAAACAUGCAAGUACUGCAGAGAAGCUUCAAGAAGAAUUUAGAAGGCUAUCCAUGCAAAUGGCGUCAACUUUUAAUGCAAAUGAGAAGGUGGCUACAAAGGCAAUGGCAGAAGCUAAUGAACUCCGCGUGCAGAAAAUUCAAUUGGAGGAAAUGCUUCAGAAAGCCAAGGAGGAACUCCAGGCAGUUAGAGAUGAAUAUGGGGCUAAACUGCGUGAGCUUUCCAGUCAAAUAGAUGAUAAAAUGACUCGAAUAGAGCAGCUGUCAUUGGAAAGUGACAACAACACCAAGCAGCUUGAAAAUCAAAAGAAGCACGAGGAAGAAAUCAGGGAGACUUUCUCCCAGGAGAUCUCGCGGCUCAAAGCUGAGAUUGAGAGGCUCAACGCAGAGAAAAGUUGUACUUCUGAUCAAGGAGAACAGAACAGAAGUUUGGCUGAGUUGGAAAAGAUGAAGAUAUCUGUCAAGGAAAAUGAGAUGUUGAUAGAAAAGGGAAAUGUAGAAAGAUGUGAACUGAUGAAUACAAUUGCUUUGGUAAAGAAGGAAGCAGAGGAGUCAUUGGAAGAGUUGAAUAGAAUAAAGAAUCUCAAAGAUGAUAAGGAGGCCACAAUCAAACUCUUACAGUCGGAGUUAGAAAAGCUCAAAGCUCAGUGUGAUGUCUUCAAGAAUUCUUUGUUUGAGGAUGAGGUGGAGAAAGAGAAACUUAGAAAGCAGGUAUUCCAACUAAAGAAUGAUCUGAAGAAAAAGGACGAUGCAUUCGCCACCCUCGAGAAGAAGCUCAAGGAUAGCAAUGGGCGCACAACAAUUUCUGACGGAAAUAGAAUUUCUCCAAAGAACAAUAAAUCUGCAGCAGCAGCUCCUCGCGGUUCAAAAGAAGUUGCUAAUCUUAGGGAGAAAAUAAAACUGCUUGAGGGACAAAUAAAAUCAAAAGAAGCUGCCUUGGAAAUGUCAGCUGCUUCAUUUUUGGAGAAGGAAAAGGAUCUUCAGAACAAAAUCGAAGAGUUAGAAAGAAGCGUCGAAGAACUCAAUCAUGAUAGUGCACUUCAAAAGGUUGUUAAAUAUGCCAGUACUUUAAGUUCGAAAGACGGCAUUCUUGAAGUGGGAAGCACAGCUGAAGAUCUUAGCACUGAAAAAUCAUCACCAUCCAAGGAAAAUAGGGAUGAAAUAUCAUUAACGAAGAGGGAUCAAAAUGCAUCGGAGGAAGAAAAAGAAACUACUCAUGACAAUAGAAAUAGCAAUGUAGACAAUUUAACAAAUGAAUUGGCAUCACUGAAGGAAAAGAACCAAGUAAUGGAAUGUGAGCUAAAGGAUAUGCAAGAGAGAUAUUCAGAGAUAAGUCUUAAAUUUGCCGAGGUUGAAGGUGAAAGGCAAAAGCUCGUAAUGACUGUACGGUACCUCAAAAAUCACAAUAAGAGCUAGCAACUCUUUUCUCAUAUAUAAUAUAUAUUCAACCCAUAUAUACCAUCAUGUAUAGUUGAAGAGACUGGUUGUGCCCACGUGAGAAAUCCAUAUGCGAAGUUCCAUUGGAUUGAAUAAAUUAGUUUGUACACAGGCAAAAUAUGUAUAUUUCUUUUCUUUUCUUUUUUUCCUUAGCUUGAAAAUGCUAUAUAUCUGCCCCCCCAUUGGGUUUAAUACAAAUACCUAGUUUUCCACUCCAGUUCUCCUGUAAUUUUUUACUU